GGUUUCGUGUCGAGGCGUUUUUCUUUUGGCCUCUCCAAAACCCCUCAUCGAGAGAGAGAGAGAGAGAGAGAGAGAGAGAGAGCCGUUGAUCUCACCUCGGAAUGGACGUCAUCAAGACGCAGCAGAUCUCAUCGAGGCCCAUCGAGAAGGUUAUCGUGCACCCCCUGGUGCUGCUUAGCAUCGUCGACAACUACAACCGAGUUGCGAGGGAUACUCGGAAGCGAGUCAUCGGCGUCCUCCUCGGCAGCUCCUUCAAAGGGACCGUCGACGUCACCAACAGCUACGCCGUUCCUUUUGAAGAAGAUGACAAAGAUCCUAGUAUCUGGUUUCUUGACCACAACUACCAUGAAUCAAUGUUUGCCAUGUUCAAGAGAAUAAAUGCCAAGGAACAUGUCGUGGGUUGGUACAGCACAGGCCCAAAGCUGCGGGAGAAUGACCUAGAUGUUCAUGGGUUAUUUCAUGAUUAUGUUCCUAAUCCUGUCCUUGUCAUUAUUGAUGUCCAACCUAAAGAGCUGGGAAUACCUACCAAAGCCUACUAUGCUGUUGAGGAGGUCAAAGAGAAUGCUACUCAGAAAAGCCAGAAGGUGUUCGUGCAUGUACCUUCAGAAAUCGCUGCUCAUGAAGUCGAGGAAAUUGGAGUGGAACACUUGCUGAGAGAUGUGAAGGACACAACAAUUAGCACACUCGCCACAGAGGUCACUGGGAAGUUGGCAGCCUUGAAGGGGCUUGAUGCACGUCUAAGAGAGAUACGUGGUUAUCUAGAUCUUGUAGUUGAUGGGAAGCUCCCAUUAAAUCAUGAGAUUCUUUACCAUUUGCAGGAUGUAUUCAAUCUACUUCCGAAUCUCAAUGUGGCUGAACUUAUCAAGGCUUUUGCUGUGAAAACAAACGAUAUGAUGCUGGUCAUCUACCUUUCUUCCCUUAUUCGGAGUGUAAUUGCACUACACAACCUUAUAAACAACAAGAUGCUGAACAAAGAACAUGAGAAGGCUGAAGAUGCAAAGCCGACGACUAUUCCAUCUGCAGCUGGAAGUUAGGAGGAUGCCUUCACCCACCGUGUCAGCAUUUCAGCCGUAAGGGGUAAGAGCUCGAGGCACUGACCUAGCUAGUGUUCCAUGGGCUCCCAUCUGAGAAUUCUCAUGGUGUUGAUUAGAGUUUGCAGGGUUUGACAUGAGAAACCCCUGUGCUUUUCUAAAGUAUUUUCUUUUGAUAUUUAUAAUUGUUGUUUUUCAUCUUGUUUUGCAAGAUAUUCUCCCAUGCUAAUUGAGACAUCUAGACUA